UUGCGCGCGCCGCGAGGCGGGUCCGGGGCGUGUCCUCAGGGUAUAUAGGCAGCCGGAGGGGCCGGGGGCUGCACUCUGCCGUCGUCUCCCCUGUCAGACUCCAUGAAAUCUGCUGCCGCCCGUGCUGAGCCCGCGCCAGGCCCCCCGCCUAGUUGUAGAAUGGAAGAGGAAUUGGCUGCUCCCUCCACUUCUGCAGACAAAACUGAUAGUAUGGAUGUGGAUGGAGAAGCCAAGAAACUACUGGGCUUAGGACAGAAACACUUGGUAUUGGGAAAUAUUCCAGCAGCUGUUAAUGCAUUCCAGGAAGCUGCUAGUAUAUUGGGUAAAAAGUAUGGCGAGACCGCAGAUCAAUGUGCAGAGGCUUUUUUUUACUAUGGAAAAUCUCUCCUGGAGUUAGCAAGAAUGGAGAAUGGUGUAUUGGGAAAUGCCUUGGAAGGAGUGCAAGUGGAAGAAGAAGGAGAAAAAGCAGAAGAUGACUCAAUGGUAGAAAAUGCUGAUAACAUAGAUGAAACAGAAGGAUCAGAUGAGGAAGAUAAAGAAAAUGACAAAACUGAAGAUGAUAAAGAAAAUGACUCAACCAUUGAAAAUAAGUCUUUUCAGGAAAGUGAAGAGGAUGAAGUUGGAAAUCUGGAGCUGGCCUGGGAUAUGCUGGAGUUGGCAAAAGUAAUCUAUAAAAGACAGGAAACAAAAGAAGCUCAGCUCCACGCUGCUCAGGCUCACCUGAAACUAGGAGAAGUUAGCGUUGAAUCCGAAAACUAUGCACAAGCUAUAGAAGAGUUUCAGGCAUGCCUUGCCUUACAGCAGAAGUACCUAGAGGUCCAUGACCGCCUGCUAGCAGAGUCACACUACCAGCUGGCACUGGCAUAUCACUACAACAGCCAGUUUGAUGAAGCAAUUCUGCAGUUCAGUAAAUCAGUAGAAGUCAUUGACAAAAGAAUGGUGAUGCUGACUGAACGAAUAAAGAAAGCAGAAGGAGGAUCUACUGAAGAUGAGAAGGAGAUCGAAGAAUUAAAGGGACUACUUCCUGAAAUUAAGGAAAAGAUAGAGGAUUCAAAAGAGUCUCAAAAGAGUGCAAGAGUAGCUGAACUGGCUUUGAAAGCAACUCUGGUUGGAGGAGCUACCUCCAGUUUUACACAGAGUGAAGAAAGCUGUUCUGUUUCCACAAUUCCAGUAAGAAAACCAGCUGAUGGAGCAUCCCAGUGUGUUACAGACAUCUCUCAUCUUGUCAGGAAAAAGAGGAAACCAGAGGAGGAGACUCAACAGGGAGACAAUGAAGCUAAGAAAUCUAAACCAGAACCGGCUGUCAAUGGCGGUGGUGAUGCUGCCCCCAGUGGAAAUGAGGUUGCAGAAAAAAUGGAAGAGGAGACAGAGAAGAGGCCACAAGUGGAAGCAGGGGCUGCAGUUCAAAGUACAGUAUGAUAAGUCUUCAAUGUGGACCUCUCCUCUCAAGGAGAAUGGUUUUGUAUAUAGUGUAUUUUUUCACUUUGGCAACU